CCAGAGAGGCUUCGUUCAACAAGAAAAAAAGAAUCGGAGGGAAUGAGCAGAAAAGUUGGGCAGUUGUUGGCAGCGGAGCCGGGUCACCAUGCUGGAUGGGUGAAUGGUGAGCAGUGCCAGUGAAUGGAAGUGUCUGCAGGGUGCUGGGCUCCGGAUGGAUGGCAUUUCAUGCUGAAAUACUGAAAGGCCCAGAAGGAUGGGAAGUCUGGAAAAUUCUGAUUUUGAGGAGUUCCCUCCCCCACCACCCGAAGUUUUAGAAAAUGAGUUAAAAAAUCAUACGUUUGCUGCAGAAGAUGAGGAAGAAGACGAGGGAGAAAAAUUUGAGUUUGAUAGUGGAGAUGAUGCUCCAGAAGCUGAUAGACAACCCCUUCAAAUGGCUGGGGGUGAUCUAAUUGACCUGGAUGAUGAACUCCCAGAUCCUCCGGAAUUAGAUCAGGCAGAUGAAGAUGUUUUACGUCAAGAUUUGUCAAUAGAAAAUGAUCUGAGCACACUACCGAGAAAGGUGAACCCUUACUCUGUGAUUGACAUUGCACCCUUUCAAGAAGGUGAAUCUGCUACAUCUCAAGAGCCUGAGUCCGUAGAUGGCAAUACAAGUCCUCGAGUGCCAAGUGGUUAUUCCGUUCCUGUGCCAUGUGGGUAUGCUGUACCAUCUAACCUGCCUCUGCUGCUUCCAGCAUACUCCACUCCAGUCAUUAUUCGCAACAUCUCCAUAGAUGAACAAGGGGUUCUGGAGGAGGUGCCUCAUCCUCAUUUUCAGGUUUUGACGGAGAACCACCAUUCCAGUGAGGACUUUCAGGCAUCAAAAGAAGAGGACGUAUUGGCCAAAUGGGUUUCAGAUCCAGCAAAUACAGAAUGGAUGGAAAAUCCUGAUGAAGUUAUUUAUGAUGAUGUUCCUAGAGAGAAUUCAGACUCUGCAACAGAUCCUGAGGAAAUGAUUUAUGAUGAUGUGGAAAAUGGAGAAGGCGGCAGAACCAGCUCUUUGGAUUAUGGCUGGAGUUCUAGUGAAUUUGAAAGCUAUGAAGAUCAAAGUGAUUCAGAGUCAAAGCAUGGAGUCCCAAAUUCCUUCCUCCGAGGGGGCAGCAAAAGACAUCUUUCUCAGGACUUAACACGUAUAAAACAACACUACGAGAAAAAGAUGAAAGAUUUGGUGGCAAACAAAGUGGGAGGAGUAGAGAUCCAACAUUUAAAACAAAAACAUGAACUCAAGAUGCAGAGGCUUAUGAAAGCUGCAAAAGACGGCACAAAAGACGGGCUUGAAAAAACAAAGGCUGCUGUGAAGAAGGGCCGUUCCUACAUCAGAACAAAAUCAUUUGUUUUGCAUGAUCGUAAAUCUGCCUGCCUUGAAGAUGAAGAAUUGAAUGUGUUCAUUGAUGUGGACUGCUUACAUACAGAGGCUAUCAUGUCUCCAAUGCCAGAAGGAUUAAGUCAGCAGCAGGUUGUAAGAAGGUACAUUCUUGGUUCAAUAGUGGAAAGUGAGAAGAACUAUGUGGACUCUUUGAAGAGAAUUCUUGAGCAAUAUGAGAAGCCGCUGUGUGACAUGGAGCCAAAGCUAUUAAGCGAGAGAAAGCUGAAAAUAGUCUUUUAUCGUAUAAAGGAAAUUCUACAGUGCCACUCGCUCUUUCAGAUUGCUCUUGCCAGCCGGGUGUCUGAGUGGGAUUCAACAGAAAUGAUUGGAGAUGUCUUUGUAGCAUCAUUUUCUAAAUCCAUGGUACUUGAUGCAUAUAGUGAAUAUGUGAAUAAUUUUAGCACAGCUGUCGGAGUUCUCAGGAAAUCCUGCGCUACUAAACCAGCCUUUCUGGAAUUUUUAAAGAACCAGGAUUCCAGCCCUGACCGCAUUACCCUGUACGGUUUGAUGAUGAAGGCAAUCCAGCGCUUUCCCCAGUUCAUCCUCUUGCUACAGGAUAUGUUGAAAAAUACAGUAAAGGGUCACCCUGACCGGCUUCCUCUACAGAUGGCUCUUACAGAGCUGGAAACAUUAGCAGACAAACUCAACGAGAGGAAGCGGGAUGCAGAUCAGCGCUGUGAAAUCAAACAGAUUGCCAAAGCAAUAAAUGAAAGGUAUCUGAAUAAGCUCCUCAGCAAUGGAAAUAGAUAUCUAAUUCGAACAGAUGAUAUGGUAGAAACCGUGUACAACGAGAAAGGUGAAAUCCUGAAAAUGAAGCAGAGGCGUCUAUUCAUGCUGAAUGAUGUGCUGAUGUGUACCACUACUAGUAACAGAUCUUCUAAUGAAGGCAGCAACAUUGUAACAGAAAGUCAGAAAUACUUAUUGAAAUGGAGUGUGCCUCUCGGUAAUGUAGAGGUUAUUGAAUAUGGGGAAAGUGAGGAGCAGGGAAAUCAGUCUCGAUUUUCUUCUGUACAUGCAUCUGAAAAGGUUGUUUGUGCCAAACCAAAUACAUUAUACAUGGGACCUGGGCAGCUUUAUUAUGACUUACAGAAUCUGCUUAAUGAUUUGGAUGUUGUCAACCAAAUUUCACAAUUGAUAUUGCAGUUAAAAGGAAACUAUCAGAACUUGAACCAGGUUGUAGCUCGGGAUUGGUCUUCAGGUUUACAAAAGCUGAUCUUGAAGAAAGAGAAUGAAAUUCGAGCCGCAGACCGCUGUAGAAUUCAGCUUCGGCUUCCUGGCAAACAUGACAAAUCAGGGCGACCCACUUUCUUCACAGCAGUGUUUAAUACUUUUGCCCCUGCUGCAAAGCAGUCAUGGAUCAAUAACUUACAGAUGGCUAAACUUGCACUUGGCGAGGAGAACCAGCUGGGUUGGUUCUGCCUAGAAGAUGAGGGACACGAGGUCAAAAAGGAAAAGCAUCCCUUGCUUGUGAAGUAUUUGCCAGUUAUAAUGUCAAAGCAACAGGAAUUUAAGAUUGAAUGUGCUGUCUAUAAUCCUGAACAUUAUCUCAGUAGUGAAAAUGAUCCAGAUUCACUUUCCAUGCAUCAUGGGUUUUUAUGGAUUGGCAGCUGCACUAAUCAGAUGGGUCAGAUUGCUGUUGUUUCACUUCACAACUGUAGCCCGAAGGUGAUAGAGUGUUUCAAUGUAGAAUCACGCAUACUCUGCAUGGUCUGUGUCCCUGAGGAAGAACGACACAAACAAUUAAAUGAUGUCCCAGAUUCCGAAUGUGGUUCUAUUUCACGAGCACCAGAUGUGCCCACGAUUUGCCUGGGCAUGGAAGAAGGAAGCAUAUGUGUCUACAAAAGUAGCCAAGGAUCAAAAAAGGUUCGCCUGCAGCACUUUUUCACCCCAGAGAAAUCUACCGUCAUGAGUCUUGCCAGCGUGUCCCACACUUUGUACGCAGGUCUCGUAAAUGGAAAUCUUGCAAUCUACACAAAGAUGGAAGAUGGGACUUGGAAUGCGGAUUCUUCAAAGCUGAUAAAAUUAGGAGUUCUACCUGUUCGAAGUCUAUUGGUAAUGGAAGGAUGUGUUUGGGCUGCUUCUGGAGGACAAAUAUUCAUUAUUGACAGGGAAACAUAUAACACUGAGCACCAGCUUGAAGCUCACCAAGAGGAAGGCAUGGUGAUUUCCCACAUGGCAGUGGCGGGAGUAGGCAUCUGGAUUGCCUUUACAUCCGGCUCCACAUUACGUCUCUUCCACACGGAGACAUUUGAACAUCUGCAAGAUAUUAACAUAGCAACUCCAGUUCAUAACAUGUUGUCAGGGCAGCACCAUGUGUCUGUGACCAGUUUGCUUGUUUGUCAUGGUCUACUAAUGGUCGGUACAAACCUCGGUGUUAUUGUAGCAUUCCCAGUUCCCCGCCUGCAAGGAAUUCCCAAAGUAACUGGACGUGGAAUGGUGUCUUACCAUGCACACCACGGUGCAGUCAAAUUCCUUGUCAUGGCAACUGCUGUGAACAAAAAACAUAAGCGGACACCAAGCAGAUGUAGCCAGACUUCAAAUAUGGAAUCAAAACCCGAGGAUCCUCGUAGUGCCCAUGUACAGCAACAUGAAGAAAGAAACACAGCUUCUGCCAGCAAUAACAAUGACAGCGCCGUUUGGCUUGGUGGCUCCAUGGGGUCCAUUGCACAAAGAAGUGACUUGUCCUCUUCGUCAGGCUCUCUCACAUUGUCUCAUGGAUCAAACUCAUGUGACAUGGGGAAGGAUGAUUGCACUCUGUAUGAUCUUCUAAGUGACCCAGGCAUGCCACCACAACACAGCAAAAGACAGCGAGUCGGGAAGUUGAAGGCAGACUCCGUCUUGGUAAUCUCUGGUGGACAGGGUCACCGAAGAGUAAACAAGAAGCUUAAGCCACAGCGACAGGAAGAGCCGGUUUCUUCUGCUAUGGUUUGGCAGAUCCCCCUGUUGCACAUUUAACGACCCAUGGGGUUAAAAUUAAUUUGUGCCUUUGUCCAUAAUGUAUUCCACUACAUUGUUAUUCAAGCCUUGUUUUGUCAUAUUCAGUAAAUCCUUUGUGAUCGGUUACAAAUAAGGCCCUAUUAAACUGAAAACACAGGGACGGUACUUAUUGAAACUGGUACAUCUUAAUCAUGCACCUUUUCUCAUCAUGGUCCAGGAGAAAUGUAUGCUGCUGCCUUUGCAUAACACUGAAUACCAUUGAGCGUUUUCUAUGAUUGCCUGUCUGGCAUAAUAGCUAACAUCCAUUAGUUGCUUUUUUUUUGCUUUGACUGGCAUGAUGAGCUGCAGGCCAUGCUGUCUUUUCUUUGCAGGUAAAGUGAAAGACAAAUAUGAAUGAAUAUACAAUUAAUAUGAAACCUAUUGGAAUGUGAUAAGCCAUGUGUAACCAUAAAGGACUUGAUGAAGGCAAACUGCCUUCUCUUUGGUAUUUCUUUAGUCAAUGGAUAUCACUCGAGGGUCUUCCAUUGUUCAUUGCACAAUGACUGCCAGUAAUCAUGUACAAUAAGGUUUCCACUACAGUAUAUGAUAUGUUGGAAUCUGUGCACAUGCAAAUUGUGUAUUUCCUCAGCUGCACUAGUGUAUAUGUGCAUGUUGGAAAGUCACAACUAAUAUGUCCGAGCUAAUGAUAACUGAAAUUCUAUAUACUUAAACUGCCAUAUGAUGGUUUCAAGACAUAUAAACAAACGAAAAUAUGAA